UCAAGGAGGUGCGCAAUGGUCGGCAUCAGAGAACAGACUCGAAGGGAAGCCGUCGCAUAGAAUCAAACGCUGUGAUUGGUUGUCGCGUGGGAGAGCCGCCCGCCUAAGGUCCGCGACAGUGGCAUCGGCAGUCAGCGCCGAGCACCCAGGGAAUGUGCUUGAGAUGAAUCAUUUUUCGCGACAAGUCCAUGAUGAGGUUUUUUAAAAGUAAAUAAUAAAUAAUGUUUCAGAAAUUAAAAGGCAAUUCCAAUACCGGUGACAAGUGUAGGUGUCCCACCAAAAUGUAGGUGCGAGAAAAAAAUACGAUACUCUCUAAUAAUUGAAACCAUCAAGUUGUGUAUUGGUGCUCAACUCCUUAUCUCGUUGGUGGAUCAAAUAAAAAUUCCAACAAUAGUCACGUGCGAGAAUUUAGUUGCUUACACUUUGUUGUUCAAGUGAAUCUAGUGAUGUUGUGUUGAUGUGUUGAAAUGGGGAAAAAUGUUUUUAUUAGUAACCAUAGAGUGAAUAGUCUUCGUUGACGAGAUAAGAAUAAGAGACUUGAACACAGCGGCCCAUAAUGCAUAUACACUUCUGAGUUGGUGUAUUUGUACUAGGGUCUGCAGCACAGGCAGAGUCACAGAGUGCGAGCAAGACUGUGUUAACAUGCAGACGUUCCAGAUGGAGAAUGUAUAUACACAGCGUAUAUGUGUUUGUCGAAAGUUGUAUGUGAAGGCAGCUUGUCUUCUUGGGGCCUAAGUGUGCGUGAAAGAAGGUGCGCACCGCGUGCGGGUGCCAAUGCAAAUGCGCGAGCGCUCGCUAUUUCGCACAGAGUGACAAAAACGAGUACUUGCUGAGCUAUAGAGUACCUUCUGUCUGCGAUAACAGCGGAAGCCAAGAGCCGAAGAAAAGGGCCGGAGGAGCACCAGUAACAAGAAGGUGAAAGUGGAAGAGAUUGGGUGGGGAGGUAUAGCUAUAUAUAUAUAUACAUAUACAUAAAUACGUGUGUAAUCAUGUGUAUGUACAAAUCAAACUUGCACCACAUUAAAACACUCUGCAAACACGUACAUAUACAGAUGUGUACACGCAUUUGUACAUAUAUAUAUUUAUAAAUAGACCCAAACCACAUACUCGUCUCCCACAAGCCACUUUAAUUUGCAAGGCGACAAUCACUCGUUUGUCAAUUAUGCCACUCGUGAACAGUAGUGGUGGUGGUGGUGGUGAUGAUCUCGGCAGCGAAGAUGAGGUCAAGGUCUUUAAGGAUGAGGGUGAAGAAGAAAAUAAAACUUCAGAGAAUCUGACUGAGGAGAAGAGUUCCCUCAUCGACCUUACGGAGUCUGAGAAAUCGAUGUGCGUGUCAUAUGUGUUACAGGAAAAAGGAUCAAUCGCUAGUGGAAGCUACUCAACGACAUCCAAAACGCCGGCAAGGUCCGAACUGAGUCCUGUUUUCGGAAAAGUUGAUCCAACGCCGCAUACUUCAUCUUUCAAUAUGGGGUACCUCGUCUCACCAUAUCCAUACCCAAAUGGAGCGGCAGGACCGAUCCCAGUUUCUAUGGCUAGUAAGAUGGGUUUAACAGGGACGCAUCCCAGUGGGUUACCUUUUUUUUGUCCGAACGGAGAUCAUCUAUCUCAACCUCCUCCAGCUCAUAUGGGCAUUCCACCUUAUGGAACAUUGGAUCCUAGUAAGGCAGCUGCUGCAGCAGGUCUUACGAGAGCUCCAAUGUACCCAUUCUCUACGGGUCAAUAUCCUUACUCUAUGCUUAGUCCUGAAAUGUCUCAAGUUGCAGCGUCUUGGCACACGCCAAGCAUGUACCCCAUUUCUCCUGCAAGCGCAGGGUUUCGGAGUCCUUAUCCAUCGAGUUUACCUAUAAGUGGCUCCAGUUUACCCAGUGACUUGUAUCGGUUUUCGCCUACAAGCCUAAUGCCACCCCAUCCAGGUUUAAGUCCGCAUGCACACGCAUUAGCAUCUCACGCACUAGUUUCUUCUGUACCAAAAACGGAUCAUUCAAACCUUGAUCACAAUCAUAGGUCCACAAAUGAACAAAAAAACUCCUCCUCGUUAUUAACGGAUAAUUCGAAAACACAGGAUUCAGGACAACAAAAUAGUCAAGAUAAAAAGAAACCACACAUAAAGAAGCCUUUAAAUGCAUUUAUGUUAUAUAUGAAAGAGAUGAGGGCAAAAGUAGUGGCCGAAUGUACCUUAAAAGAAAGUGCUGCAAUAAACCAAAUAUUAGGAAGGAGGUGGCACGCGCUAGGGCGAGAGGAACAGGCCAAGUAUUAUGAAUUGGCUCGACGGGAGAGACAGUUGCACAUGCAGCUGUACCCUGACUGGUCUUCCCGCGCAAAUACCAACAGAACUAAGAAGAGGAAGCGCAAACAAGACACGAACAGUGAUCCUGGAGGUAACAAUAUGAAAAAAUGUCGUGCAAGGUAUGGACUGGAUCAACAGAGUCAAUGGUGUAAGCCAUGCAGGCGUAAGAAGAAAUGUAUCAGAUACAUGGGGGAGGGCGGAGACGGUGAUGGUGAGGGCGAUGGUGAUGUGGAAGACGAUCAUUCGGAGGACAAUCUUGGAAGCGUCGGCGAAGCUGGAACUCCGGAAGAUGAUGAAUCCCUAAGCAGUCCUGGUGGUCUAUCUGGAUUGUCUAGUCUGGCGAGUCCAUCUUUAGUGUUACCAUCUCCAUCCAGUUUAGCGAGUCCAUGUCCUUGUCCGCUAACGCCACCGGUGCCUACAUCUCUGUCGAAUUUGAGUUCUGCGCAAACAGCGCCGCCACAUCGAAAUCCCGUUGGAACAAAUCCCCACGAUAUAAACAAUCCCCUGAGCGUUAAUCAGUUAACAGGACAAUGUAUAAAAAGUGAUGUGGGUCCAGCACCCUCAGGUCCUUCUAAUUCUGCGAUUAGUGUUACGUAGCCCCGGCCAACCCCAAGUGACAAGACUGUAUCACUUGAUGUCAUCGGGGUUUGCCUACGCGUAGAUUCUAAAAGCAUAGUUAUUCAUAAUUCUUACGGCCAAUCACGUUGCUGGCUCUUGGAGAUUGUGUCGGUAACGCAGAGACUGUCAAAACUUGUAUUAUGUACUAAAUUGACCUUUGUACGAGAUUCAUCGACUCUGUAUAAUGUUGAAAAUGAAACUUAAAAACACAUGCUAUUGAAAAUGAAGUCUCUGUAAAUCCGUGUGCCUUUGGUUGCAAAUAUUGUCUCCAAACGUGUCACGAUCAGUUUAGAAAGGAAAGUGCAAUAACUAAUCUUGCUAAGCGAUCGUCAAUUAACAAAUGUCCAAAGCCGAUUUGUAAAAGCAAUAAGAACUUUAAUAAUGUAAAGUCAAAAAUAAUAACAGAUGAUACAGAAAUACUCAGGACCAAGUGUCUAGCUGCUGUCACUUGCUCGAGGAGUUGUGUGUAAUAAAACGUGUAAUGAAGUGUUCGUUCAGUGCGAUUGACGUGCGGCAGCUUGUAGUCCUUGUUAUGUUGUGAUGCCAAUGACUGAAAGGUCAUGUUCCUGUGCCAGGUACUAUAUUCUAUAAACGUAGAUUUACUGCAAAUAUAGUUAAGAAAUUCAGCGGUAACUUUUUAUUAUCGUUCGUUCGUUCGUACGUUCAUUCAAACCGUCAUUUGUCAAAUACUUUUUUCUGUAUGUAAUUUGUUAUUUUUUUUAAAGUCUAUGCAGUCGAUGCAAUUACUUAGAAUUUAAGACGUCGAUUUGUGAAAAAAUAUUUUACGAUUUUCUUAAUUUUUUCAAAAUAUUAUUUUCAUUAAAACAAUUUCUUAUUAA